ACAAGCUAAUGCGUAGUUUCGAGCACAACAUAGAUGGAAAGACUUAAUCUGCCAGUUGUCACAAAGAUGCUUGCAUUGAAAAAAUUAUCUCUAGUCGUAGAAAUUUUUAGAAAACAUUUCGGUUCGAAAUCGUUGUUCGAGCCGUGUGACGCUUCAACGUAUCGGAAAUUAUUAAGUUUAAUAUGACAUUUUGUUACAGUUGCAUUUGAGAGUGAUUAGUUACAGUUGCCUAUAUUUUGGUGGUGAAGCUGCAGCAAAAAAUGAAAACCCGCUUCUCUCUCGCAGCCGGUUUCCUGAUCUUAAUCAGUUCGAUCGAAAUUUGUCUGGCUUAUUACAGCCAUUUUAAGGUGUUCGGCACCGGCGAUACGUUGAUAACCACUACGUACUAUGGAGGUGGAACCCUGCUUGAAAAUGAGCGAUGGCUCAUAGAAUGCAACGAUGGAGAAGGAAUGGUCGGAAUAUACGAUACUACCCACCAGUUCGUCGGCAUUUCUCAGGUUUGGUGUUAUUUCCUGUUCCCCAAAAAGCCACCGAGUAAUGGAAUAUAUCCCUUCUACUCAGGCUGCAACGUCCGGAACUUCACUGCAUAUCAUGAAUUUUACUGUUAUGACAAAUUGUGGCCCGCUGAUACAACGGAUACUUUUGUGACCGGUUUGUAUUCUGCCGUCUCGUUGGAUCCGGUGGUUCCUAACCUAAUGAAAUGUUGUAAAACACCAAGUGGAUACCGGUUGGAUUAUAACCGCUGCCAGUGGAAAUAUACUCAUGACAAAGCAGGCGAACACUACGAUGGCUACUGGGUAACAAAGUGUGACACGAAUUUCGUUAUGACUGGGAUGGGAAAAGCAAUGAAUCCAUGGGAAGGCCAGGAGCACUUCACGUAUAUUCAGUGUUGUCCGGUAAUAAGCGUCGGAAGGAUGUUGGACAUUUCCCAAGAGCUUUGAUGGUUGUAUUCCGAUAAUGAGAAAUUCAUUCCGGCGUAGAAGCGGUCUGCACCAGAAAGCAUUAAUCAGCUCGCGAAAACAACGCCAGGGAUGUCAAAAACGAAAAGUGACAAAAGAAAUGGCGAAACUUGAUGUAAAUUUUUAUUACUUUGGUGCAACUUAUAUAUAUGCAACCUUGUACACGCUUCGUAUUAAAAUGUUAUGGGGUGUACAGAUGUACAGGAUACAAAUGUCUGUAUUUAGCGUUUGUAACGAUUUACUCGGUACAUAUUCCUGCAUCCUCUAUUCAGAGUCUAGACGCCGGGGUCUGCAUGUAUGCUUGACGUACUUAUUCGUGUUUACA